GAUCGCGGGCUGGCUGUUUAGGUCCAAACUCCAGCCCGCCGACUGGCAGCGAGGCAUUGAGAGACACAUGGCUCGGCCGUACGUUUGCCUGCUGGCCCUGGCGGCUGUGCUGCUGCUAGGUAUCGCCACCGUCUCCAGAUCGAAGGGCCUGCGGGGCAAGGAGCAUCGGAGGGCGCCGCGAAUCCCUUCUCAGUUCAGCCAAGAGGAGCGCGUCGCAAUGAAGGAGGCUCUGAAAGGUGCCAUCCAGAUUCCAACAGUGUCUUUCAGCCCCGAGGAGCUCAACACGACAGCCCUGGCUGAGUUUGGAGAAUACAUUCAUAAAGUCUUUCCUACUGUGUUCAAAACCAGCUUUAUCCGGCAUGAAGCUGUGGGAGAGUACAGCCACCUGUUCACUGUCCAAGGCUCGGACCCCAGCCUGCAGCCCUACAUGCUUCUCGCUCACAUUGAUGUGGUGCCUGCCCCUGAUGAAGGCUGGGACGUGCCCCCAUUCUCUGGGUUGGAGAGUGAUGGCUUCAUCUAUGGUCGAGGCACGCUGGACAACAAGAACUCUCUUAUGGCAAUCCUGCAGGCCUUGGAGCUUCUGCUGAUCAGAAACUACAUCCCCCGAAGAUCUUUCUUCAUUGCUCUGGGCCAUGAUGAGGAGGUAUCAGGGGUAAAUGGGGCUCAGAAGAUCUCAGCCCUGCUACAGGCAAGGGGCAUCCAGCUAGCCUUCAUUGUGGAUGAGGGGAGCUUCAUCUUGGAUGGUUUCAUUCCCAACCUCCAGAAGCCCUUUGCCAUGGUUUCAGUCUCCGAGAAGGGUGCAAUUAACCUCAUGCUGCAAGUAAACAUGACUCCAGGCCAUUCUUCAGCUCCUCCAAAGGAAACAAGCAUUGGCAUCCUUGCAGCUGCUGUCAGCCGACUGGAGCAGACACCAAUGCCGAACAUGUUUGGAGGCGGGCCGUUGAAGAUGGCAUUGCAGCAGCUGGCAAAUGAGUUUCCCUUCCCUGCCAACAUAGUCUUGAGCAACCUGUGGCUAUUUCAGCCCCUUGUAAGCAGGUUGAUGGAGAGGAAUUACAUAACCAAUGCGCUGGUCAGGACCACCACGGCACUCACCAUGUUCAAUGCAGGCGUCAAGGUGAAUGUCAUCCCCCCUGUGGCCCAGGCCACCAUCAACUUCCGAAUUCACCCUGCACAGACAGUCCAGGAGGUCCUAAAACUAGCCAAGGACAUUGUGGCUGACGACCGGAUCCAGUUCCACGUGUUGAAUGCCUUUGACCCCCUGCCUGUCAGCCCCUCUGAUGAUCAGGCCUUGGGCUACCAGCUGCUCAGCCAGACCAUACAGUCUGUCUUCCCGGAAGUCAACAUUGUUGCCCCAGGCACUUGUAUUGGCAACACAGACAGCAGACACUAUACGAACCUUACCACUGGCAUCUACCGGUUCAACCCCAUCUACCUGCAGCCUCAGAGCUUCAGCAGCAUCCACGGAAUCAAUGAGAAAAUCUCAGUCCAAGCCUACGAGACCCAGGUGAAAUUCAUCUUCGAGUUCAUCCAGAACGCUGACGCAGACCCAAGGCCAGUUCCUCACCUGCACGAACUGUGAGGCCGGGGAGCCAGCUGGAUUAGGGAUGGCUGAUGCUGGGCCAGGACUAACCCAAGGGGGAAGCCAGUGUUGAUGAAACUUUGGGUCCAAGUCACAUUAUAAUGACCUCACCCACCUGCCUUGCUCACCCCUAAACUCACUCAACACUCAAGAACAAGGCCAGGGAGAAGGGGAAGGCCAGCAGGAACCCGGCUUCUCCUUUCCUCCCGGCAACUCCAUCCCUCAGCUGACCGGCAUUUACUGCCUUCUUGUCCCUAUCUUAGAAGGUAUCUGGCUUGUCUGUCUCACGCUGGUGAUUUAAC